UCCCCGCGCCCCGCAUUCUCACAGAACCUGAGCGGCUAUCCUGUCUUAAAACCAGAAAUUGCAGAACCUUCCACCCAUGCGCUUAGCAUCCUCACCGAAAACUGUUGAAGACAUCUGGCUCCUUCUGGACCCAGCGCUUUGGAUGGCAUUUGUCUCCUUUGCACCUCUCAAAGAACAGUAUGCCCUCUCUCAUACUUUCUGAAAGCUGCAUUAAGGAACACUUCCAGCCAACAUUUAAAGAAAAAGAAAAAGAAAAAGAAAAUCAGACUCCGGAGACACUCUAUGACAGGAUUUACCUAGGACUCUGCCUGUAGAGGCCUUCCUAUGAUAUCCAUCGUAUUAAAAUCUCUUACUUCACGAGGAGAGCUGGAAUAAAUGUCGGUUCACAAACAUUUCCUGUGAAAUCAUUGUCAUUCUACCUUAAAUUGAGACUUGAUAGUCCGGGUCCCUCUAAACCUCUCUUCCUUUCCCAAAUAGCUGUCACAACGGGAACACUACUGACUCUACCGCGGAAGUGGAGCUUGCGCCCAGCAACUUUUGCAACAGCUCUCUGGAUUCUGAAAUCCUCGUCCCCUCUAGACCAUUUCCUAGCAAGCCUUCUUGUCACAAAAUGAGACUGCUGUCUCCCGGCAUUACAGCACUGAUGAAAAUGAGAUGCAAAAUACCAAAUCAGGAACUAGACAAGCUUUCUUUAAAAAGGUGCUACAAUCAUACCCACACACAGAGAAAGGCACCUGCCCCUUCAGAUAUGAUGCUGUAUGAUCAUCAGAAAAUACCGCAAGCCAAAUGCAUAUUUUAUUUACCAAACCUCCAAGCAUUGUACCUAGCAAGAGUCACCUUUUUCAUACUCAGACACUAUCCUUGUAUGGAGAAAAAUGCAAAGUUCUUUUUAUGAUAGAAUAGCAAAUAUUUCAUGUCACUAAAAAUUUGCACUUGGUGUCUUUGCAACUGAUGUCUUAACCUCCCAACACGCAAGAGGCACAACUCACCACAGUGUAGAGCAUUUGGGUCUUUUACCCAACAUGCACCGUGAUGCCAUCUCCAACCUGUACAAUGGUUAGACUACAAAUGCAAACAUUAUUUGUUGUGAAUGCCUUUUUCUUUAGCAUCCUAACAUUAACAAAAUCUAAGGUGAAUUCUAUUGAAGUCAGAGGUAGACUUUUUCUGCAGCCAGGAAAUGUGGUUCCAAGGACACCGGCAUAUAAAAAGCCAAGAUGGAAGCCUGUGGCUAGUGAAUCCGGGGUGAUACUAGAGCUAGGAAAGAGGCAGGCACAGAAAUCCGUAUUGGACAAUGUCAAAAUGUACAUAGGUUUCUAUAUCUGGAAAAUCAGAGCCCUAAGAAUGCUAAGCCUCUCCAUCUUGGAGUAGAAGAAUGUCUUCUCUCUUCCUGUACCUCACAUUUAACCCUGUUCUCUUUGAGUGACUCAUGAGGGCCAAUUGUCACAGAAGCCUAUCCAUUAUUUUUUGAGUUAGAGAACGGAUUUUUAAUUGUCAAAUGUCUGCUUGCAAUAAAAGGACUCCAUACCACUGAUCCAAAGAGAAGUGACUUCGGGGUUGAGUCCUGUGGACUACAUAUACUGAGUGAAGCCUUGAUGGGCUGGGGCUUCUAGCAGAAGGGGAUGGUGACAGAGAUUCCCAUGCCACAGGGUGCAGACAUCCCAGCACUGCACUGGCUGGACACACAAGGACUGCUUUGUGAAGAAUGGUAUGGUCAUGGCAAGAAGAUCCAUGGAUCUCCUGAGGUCGUAUUUUCAAAUAUGUCCUGCUCUGUUGCUUAGACCCUCUACUUUCGUUGAGUGAGUAUAAACAUGGUAAAAAAAUGUUCAGGUCCCUACCCUCCGUAGGAGGGGUGCAUGACUCAGGACGAAGGGAAUAAAACAAGGUCUACUGAAGAAGAGAAGAAGGAAGAGGGCAUUGGUGACCCCAGUGUGCUAUGAGUAUAAGACACCAUUUGAAACCUACGUAGAGGCAAACACCAGCACCUUCGUUGGGACAGAACAUGACUGUGAACCCCGUUGCCUCCAUGCCUACAUUUGCUACCCUGCCUGUUCUCCCACCUGCGCCCCAACCAGCACCCCAGUUAUUCUGGGAGCCCCCAGCCCCCCUCAUGACUGUAGGCAUCUCUCCCAGAAACCCUCUGGUGCUAUCUGCCUUGCCUGGGAUGUCUUUAGUGGCAGAAGAUGGAAGCACUGCCCUGGGAACAGCUGUACCUCUGAACAUUGUACAAGUUGGGACACCAGGCAGGCCUGUCCAGCCUGUGCACAAUGCCAAUGUUGUCCUCACUCAGGUGCCCCUCAACUGUAAUGUCCCUGGGGCCCAGGGUGGGAGUGUGGGGCACCCUGCUUCACUCUUCCUGACAACACCUGCUGCAAACACCUUCAUAAAUACUCCAAUUGCUUCGGCUGUCCAGUCUCAAGACGGAACGUGGGUCCUGGGCCCUCACCCUCCCACCACACAGCCAGUUGUCCAGCUGGUUUCCGUCAGGUCCCCAGUGAACUCAGCACCACCUCCAAAAGGAGCAUAUGGGCAGAGCGGCCCAGCCAAUGUCCAAUCCAACUCCCCAGAAUACUUGUCCAAACCAGACAGUGUCUAUGGGAACUUCCGGCGCUGGCAGCUUCUCAAGACUCUGGUGCAGCGGCACCUGUCACAGACUCCUGACGUGGCGGCUUUCUCCUGCUUCCUCAUUCCAGUGCUUCGGUCCCUGGCCCGGAGGAAGCCCACCAUGACUGUGGAGGAGGGCCUGUGGAGGGGUCUGCAGGAAUGGCAGUGUACAAGCAACUAUGACCGGAUGAUCUUCUUUGAGAUGGCCGAAAAGUUCUCAGAAUUUGAGAGUGCAGAAGAGAUGGAGAAUGCAAGGCUGGAGAUGGAGGCCUCAAGGCUGGAGAUAAUGAGAAGUGUCCAGUGUCAAUUUCUUGCAACCACAGCAAGGCAAGAUCCACCAAGGCCACCAGCUCCCGAGGUGGUUGAGGAACCAGUGUGCAACUCCACCAAGACUGUCCCCAAAGAUGACCCGGCCCACCUCCCAGGACUCAGAGACGGGCAGUUACGCAAGACCAAGGCACCCGUAGAAAUUCCACCUGAGGCAGUGCAAGAGUACAUGGACAUUAUGGACUGGCUGGAGAGGCUCCCACAGCCGUUCACGAGAGAGCCCAUGGAAAAGGAGGAGGAGGAGAGCAGUGGGCUGGAGCAGGAAGAUGACUUGUACACAGACACAGGACUCCUGAACUACAUUGACGAGCUGUGCUCCCAGAAACACUUUGUUGAGCAAGUGGAGGCCAUAAUAAACCCCCAAUUUGUGGCAGAAAUCCUAUCUUCCAAACCAGAGAUGGACAUACUGGCUCUCAUGAAGGCGCUGGAGUACGAGGAAGAGGUCACUGUUAAGCAGCUGCUGGAAACUUUGAAGAAGAAAGGCUGUAAGGCGCCACCUCUGAACCAAGAUGCCUCUCAGAUACUAGACAAUGCUUCUGUACUGACUGUCAGCCAAGGUGCAGAGAGAGAUGGCCAUGGUCCCCAAAGAGGGGCCAGUGCACAAAAAGAUUCCUCACAAAUGGUUUUCUUAGACCAACAGUGUCCCGAAGACACCAAUGCAAAAAUAUGGGGGCCUAGGCCUUCCGUCCUCCCAGAUAGUCAAUGUUUGACCUCACUGGUAGACAUCAGAUCCACCGUUACUGACUGUGGGAAAGAAGCCUACCCCCAGAGCCCAGGGUCCAGAUGUGGAGUGAACCCCAGAGAAGUUCCUGCCACUGAGGAGCUCCAUGAGUCCCUGGGCAGAACCACUGAUGACAAGGAAGAGCUCCACAGUCUGUCCUUCCUCCUCUGCUCCCAGUACAACCUGGUGCCAUGGAAACUGGCAAGUCACUUGUUCCCCUAUGCAGAUUUCUCUGACUCGGAGAGUAUCCCCGAACCCUCAUCUCCAAAGAUAAGGGGUUUCAGUCCUGAUCCAUCUCUAAUGGCCAAGUCAAAGAAGCGAGCUCUCCUUGGAGGCUUGACUCCCAUGGCUAAGAGAUCUGACCCAGGACCUGGUCAUGGGGUGUGUGAAGGGCCACUCUCUGCCCUGGAGCUCGCUCAACCACUGCAGGCUCAGAAGAGGAAGCACGAGUCACUAGGCACCCGGAAGAGGAAGAGGAAGAAGCGGCACUGAGCCACCUGUGUGGUGCCUCCUCAAAACGGGCAGAGGUUUCACUCUGCCUCUACCCUGCAGCCCCGGACCUCCCCCCACCAAAAAGAAGCAAUUGAAAAGAAUCCAGCUCCUGCUCACUCAGGGCUAAUCCAGCUGGUGCAAAGGGUAGCGCUGGAAGGUUAGAGGCGCUGGGCAAUAAAGGCAGGGCUGAGGGGUGGGGCAAGGAGUGGGAGGGAAUUAUCACUUUAGAAGUUUGUAAGCUACGGUGAAUAAAGGUAGUUUUGUUGAAAAUGG